CAGAAACCAACCAAUCGCUGAUAAAGUAGGUAAAGGAAAGCGCGUCCCCGUCGGCAGCUGUGUUGCUCUACAGUGUGGAGAGCGCAUCUUGUGUUCGGUAUAUUUCCAUAAUACAGACCAACAGACACCUGCAAAAAUGUCCGAAGACAAGCCUAAGGAGGGAGUGAAAACAGAGAACGACCACAUCAAUCUGAAAGUGGCGGGACAGGAUGGCUCGGUGGUCCAGUUCAAAAUUAAAAGGCACACGCCACUCAGCAAAUUAAUGAAAGCAUACUGUGAGAGACAGGGCUUGUCGAUAAGACAGAUUAGAUUUAGAUUUGACGGGCAACCAAUUAACGAGACGGACACACCGGCGCAGCUGGAGAUGGAGGACGAGGACACAAUUGAUGUAUUUCAGCAACAAACCGGCGGCUCCUGCUAAAACUCCACACCACCCGGACCCCACACUUAUCUAUUUUAUUCCUCAUGAUGUUUCAUUCAGAUGCUUUCACAUCGUUUCCCUUCUCUUUGUCUCUUUGUCUCUAUUCUGUCAUCUCUAGCUUUCCUAGAGCGGGCAUCGCAAAUGUGUUUCCAGUAAUAUUUAUAUGCGCAAUUAGACUGCUACUGUGGCGGGGGAACAAACCCAAAAAAGGCUGCCAGAGGGCGUACUUCUUUAGAAUAUCCACACCAGCCGCCGCGCAGGGUUUUAUGUUGCUCCGGACACUUGAUUCACUCGACAAGCCCCCCGGGAACCGCUCACCCCCCCCCUCCGUAGUACAGCCGCCCAAUACAAAGUGGGGAAGCAUACGUUUCGUUUUCUUCACCUUUUUUGAUUCUUAAAGAGCUUUAAGUAGAUCUGUUUCCACUCAGAUUCUAUUUGCCUGUAUGUGUUGUAGAAAUACGUUCAACCAGUGCUGUAUUCAUCUGCCUUUUUUUAAUGGGGCCGCUUCUCGUAUGAGCUCACUAUAUAGGCGGGAUCUGUGAACCAUCUCGGUAAAGGUCGACUUAAAAAUGAAGACGCUGACUACAUGAUACACUUCACAGUGACCCCCUUCUGGACCAAACCCUAAAGAUGGUACUCGAUUAGCAAGUAGGGCCAGGAUUACACCAACUAGUUCUGUGUUUAUACUUUUAAAUGUGUGUAGAAAUAUAUCCAUUUACCCUUUCUGUUUCCUCUCGAGUGUUGGCUGAGGAAACGGGAAUGACUUAAAAAGACCAAUAUAUAUAUAUUUUUUCCUGUUCAUUACUUCCCCUUCUGUUUUUUUUUAAAUCCCAAAUCUAUGACCAGGUCUUGGAGCAAAACAAAAGGGAAUCCUUUCAGGCUUAGUUGAGGCGAUGUCAGGGCUCACAAGGACUGGUCUGAUUUCUUUUAACUUCUCUUGCCCUCCCACUGUAAUUCAUAUUAGCUGAAAGGGAGAGAGAGUUCGACUCCAAGAUUUCCAGAUGUUGGCAUCCUUCUGUACUGAUAUGUACAUUUUUUUUUUUUUUGUUGUCCUUUACUACUGUAAACAAUAAAUAUAGUUUGGUA